GGAAUUUAUCAAGAGAAGUAAAAAAAAAUUAAAAAAUAUUGAAAGUUCUAAAAUACUUAGAUCGCUUUGCAGUUAAAUGUCGCUUAGAAUGCUCAAACAAUGGCUUACAAAUAUUUUGUUGUUCGGCAAUAAAAAAAAAAAAAAAUUGCGUUUUGAAUCGAUUACAAAAAUCUUCUAACUAAUAUUUAUAAGUUAUUAAGCUGCGAUUGAAACACAUACGCAAGCCGGCAGAGAGUGUGGACUUUCAGUUGGUUAUCGAAAAUGUGACGGGGAUGAAAAAAAAAAAAAAAUAGAAGGGAAUAUAUUUCUGACAAUUCGUGAUUGAGAAUACAAUAUUUAAAAAUUAAGUUGGGACUAUGGAAAUAUUAGAUGAGAUACAUGGUGUAAUAGUUUUACCGAUGGAUGUCAAGCCGAUUGUCGAAACUCCGAUCUUUGAACGUCUAAAGUCAAUACGUCAACUUGGUUUUAUGAAACUUGGUUACAAAGCGAAUGAUAGGAUAAUUGCACAUAAUCGCUACAAUCAUUCGAUUGGCACUUACCACACAGCUCUCUUAACGCUAGAUGCCAUUGAAAAAAACACAAUAUGGAUCAAGGCCAUGCAGCCGGAAGGCAAAAUUCCUUCUAUUUAUAAAGAUGCGGUCUUACUAGCUGCUCUCCUCCAUGAUAUUGGUCAUGGACCGUUUUCGCAUAGCUGGGAAUACGUUGAUCCUGAUUAUAACCAUGAAACGAUGAGCGGGAAACUGAUUGACAAGAUAUUUGCCGAAUGUCCACAAAUUUUCGCCCAUCUACGUGAAAACAAUAAUCGCGGCAUUGAUUUAAUUAAAUCCUUAAUAACUGGUCACCGUAAAGAUUUUAAACAUUCGCUGCCCAAUGAAUAUCGCUUCAUAUUUGAGAUUGUUAGCAAUAAGUUUUGCCAAAUCGAUGUCGAUAAAUGGGAUUAUCUGAAACGUGAUGGACAUCUGUUUGGCAAACUGUCGCUUAUAAAUUUUGAUGAAGUAUUCUUGAAUUCUCGUGCUAGCGAAGAUGGAGCCCAUGUCGAAUACUCAUGCGCUGACACACACAAGAUUAUUCAACUAUUUACGGCACGUUGGACUUUUUACAAGGAUUAUUACAGCCAAACAUAUAAUAUUACGCGUAAUGCUAUAUUAAGAAAAAUUAUUGGAAGGAAGUACACCUCUAAUGAUUUGGAAAAAUUUUAUGAGAUAAAGAAUUUUUUAAAGUUUAUUGAUGCGGAAGUAAUCGCAGCCAUCAAAGAUGAUGAUUUAACCAGAUUUUUAGAUGAAUCUACGACCUUCAAAGAAGUAUCUUGGAGAGAGUUCCAAUCUAUUUGUCGCUGCUUAAUCGAUUCAUAUCGUGAUUGCCAAUACAUUCAUAUAGAACGGGUUUUAGAGUAUUUCCCCAAAGAUGAAAUAUGUUUGUAUCCAAAUCGCGGGACAAUCGAUACGACAAUUGAUGAAACCUAUCCCUUAAGAAAAUGGAUUAAUUUUAUUUGCUCGGAAAGGGAUAACAUUAUAUAUUACACAGGUGACUUUGAGAAAAGGACGUGAACAUUUUCUUAAUCAUUUUUAAACAAAAUUUAACUUACGAUAAGACAAUGCCACAAAGAAGUAAAAAGUGCGAUUUCUACGUUAUUUGCGCCAGCACAAAAUUAUUAAGAGGGACACAUUUUUAUAUUCAUGUCUUUAUACGAUCGGUCGGCGUGUUCUGCUGUGAUGUGUGUUUUAUAGUUACAAUAUGUUUAAAUGUAAAAAACUGCCGACACUUAUGUAUACAUGUUAUAUUUGUUUGUUUUAUUUAUUCAUUUUACUAUUCGUACUUAAUAUAGUGAAUUGUAAAAAUUU